GUGACCUGCUUCCAGAAUUCAACUACAACCAGUGCCGACACCGCCAUUUCCGCAUUUACAUGCAAAUCAUCUCGUUCUUCUCGUGAUCUUUUGCUCUGUAGUUGUUGAUCUGUUCUUUGUUCUUGGCAGGCAGGGAAGAGCCAAGCAUGCUCAGCAUUGGCAAAAGAGCUUGCCGGUGGACAAGCAAAAGCUAAGACCACUCAAGCCUUUUCUUCUGAAAGAUGGUUCGUUGAGCGAGGGCUGGGCAUCCCUGGGCACAACUUGGCGGAAAGGGUUCCACGACGACGACGACAGAGAUGCCCAGCCGUCACCGGAAUUCUGCAGCUUCGGCUGCUGCUGGAUGCGAAUGACUUCGCCUAAAUCCUGAGACAUCUCACCAACCUGCUGGAAUUGGAGCCCGACGCUUAGGAUGCAGGUGUUUCUGUAAUUGGCAACUUUCGAAAUCGUCUUCCGCCUGCGGCGCCGCGGACGGAGGUCACACAGCAGUCAACGGCGGGUUAUCGAGGGGGAUUGAGACACUUGGUUGGUAUGGGUAGGGCUGUGAGUAAGCCACUUGUGAGUUUGAAUGCGCCCGAGCGAAAUCUCGGAUGAGAAGCAAUCGACAUCUGGUCCGUUGUUACACUCCGGGCUUACACCAGAUCAAACUCGCUGAAGGGCAUCGGGAAUUCCGCUCUCUCUUUAUUUAUGUCCAAAACUUGGGCUCCUUUGGUAACUGUUCAAUGCUUCUAUGACGCAGAUGCCGCAGCUUGUGAUAGCUGGGAUGGGCGGCAUCAUACACAGGGUAGCUUUGUAGCCGAUUUCCCGAAGUGUGGUUGAUUUGUUGGAACCUUGAGGGCCCACCAAAAAAGAACAAACCGCCACAUCCAUAACCACAACCCGGCACUAGUAAGCUGCGUGGCAAGGAUCCUGGUAGGCUAUCCCCAAGAUUUGAGCAAGUGUCUUCUGGGUUGGAUAGACUAUAAAGCUAAGCCAUGGGUGCUGUUCGUUCUCUUCAGUUCAUAAAUACUUUUACCGAUACCCCAAGGCGCAUUGGAUCGCUCUCUCAACGUUUGGUCGCCGUUUUCGACUUGAUUACGCUCCUUCCAAACCUUCGAUCCCUCGUCGGCCGGACCUGGACCCUCUUUCCCAGCUUCCGAGCGUGGCUAUUGACUUUGACCGUACCGCCAAGGCAACGAGGAAAAGAGGAAAAUCCUAGAAACGACGAGCAACAACCGCGUCUGUUCGGCAGCUCGUGA